UAUAAGCACUCAGUGUGCAUAAUGCUUUGGUUUGGACAACAGAGCUUUGUAUAAUCAUAUGGAUAAAAGACUCUACAGAAGUGAUUGCUGCUACACGAUGUCUUUCUUGAAUUAUUGUUACGAAGGAAAUAUCGAUGGCAUUAAGGCGGUACUGAAAAAUGCUAAAACCAGCCGUGAAAGGCAGCAAAUUCUGCAGUCACGGGAUAAUCACUACUGGACUGGCUUACAUCAUGCGGUUAGAACAGACAAUGUCGAUUGUGUCAAAUACCUGCUCACAUUGAAAGGGUUAUCGACAAUCGCCGAAACGUUUGAAGGUGAAACGGCUCUACAGAUCGCAUGCUCAUUUCCGGAUACAUCGUUAGAAAUUGUAACCGCUCUGCUCGAAGCAAAUCCAGAUCUGGUCAACUUCGUGAACAAAGAAGAGGUCGACCCACUAAAAUGCGCAAUCAAUCAAAAACGGCUUGACAUCGUCAAGGUCCUUGUUGCUCAUGGGUGUCCGGUGAACAAUAGAGAUUUGGAUGGUGAUACCGCGCUUCAUAUUGCUGCGAUGGAAACACAAUUAGACAUCAUACGAUUUCUGCUGUACGAGACGGAAUGUGAUCCAACACUACGGAAUGACAUGGGUCAAUUCGCUUGCGAUCUAUUAUUUGUCAAGUUGCUCAAUCGAAUACGUCGGGGUCCUUUACAACAGGACCAGUUAGAUUGUAUUGAGGAAUUGGCAAACCUUACGUUCAAUACAUAUGCGGAGGAGAAAGAGGAAAUGGACGGCAUUCACGAAAUGGUAUUUUUCUGUUAUCAUCACAACGAACCGAAUUGCAAAUUGUAUACGACACUUGCAAGGACAUUCUACGUGCCACCAUCGAAACAGUAUUUCGUCGAUAAGAUAUUGGCAUCGGGUACUUACGGUUAUCAUUGCUUAAUCUUGGGCUUGCUAAAAGAUGUCAACAAAAUAGAGCAUUUCGAGCGAUUGGCUUCCUUGACAGUAGAAUCAGACGGCGAAAGGGAAAGUAUUUGGUCGAAUUUCCUUGUGGAGUUGUACACAUUGUUUCUGGCCGACGAGUCAUUCUACCUGGAGUACGUCUCGGAGUUUAUGAGCGCCGGAUGGAAUUUCGAGGAACAAUGCCAGCAUUACACGCAGUUUGAGCCUCUUUGUCAAUACAUAAAGAAAUCACCAAAAUCAUUCGACCCACAAAAAUUUUUCACAUUUUUGAAGACACUCAUUCCGCACGGCUUCAAUUUGAAAAUGUUUAUGAGCGACAGGCAAGUUGCAGUGAUGUCACUAGAAAUGUUAGCUGCAUUCGUGGCUUUGGUUAACACUAUAUUGCCGGAGGGCUAUGUUCGUAAUAGGUGCCAUUUUCCAGGUAUUCUGGAUCAGCCAGUUAACGGAUUGACUACGUUGAAGAAGCUAUGUCGUUUGCAAGUUCGAUAUUACUUUUUCACACAAUUCUCACACUACGAUGCCCUAAAGGCUUUGUAUUCACUCAACCUUCCUCCGCAUAUCCUCCAAUUUGUAUGUUACAAUUUCGCUAAUUUUGAAUUCUGAUUUUUUAUUUGUAAUUUGUAUUAUUAUACGGUAGCGCAAUGUCAACAUUAAACUUUGAAUCGAAACGAAAA